AUGGAAGAUGAAAAGAAAGAUGAGGUAGAAGAGGAAAAGAAGAAAGAAGAUGAAGACAAGAAUGAAUCUACUUCAAAUCAUGAUGAAGUUAAUAAGGAAGCAAACAAAAAGAAAGAAGUUGAAAAAGAAGAAGAGGAGAAGUAUGUGCCUCCACCACCAUACAAGCCACCAUUGCCAUAUCCUCAGAGGUUUCAUAAAGCAAAGCUAGGUAAGCAGUUUGAGAAAUUUUUGGAAGUUUUAAAGAAAUUAUGCAUCAACAUUUCAUUUACAGAUGCAAUUUCUCAAAUGCCCUCAUAUGUUAAGUUCCUAAAAGAAAUCUUGUCAAACAAGAGGAGAUUAGAAGAUUAUGAAACUGUGGCAUUAACAGAAGAGUGUAUUGCUCUCUUGCAGAAUAAGCUCCCAUCGAAGUUGAAGGAUCCAGGAAGUUUCUCUAUUCCUUAUCAUAUUGGGGACACUAGUAUUGACAAAGCAUUGUGUGAUCUUGGAGCUAGUGUAAGAAUUUUGGAGAAUGUGCCCUUAAAAGUUGGAAAAUUUUUCAUUCCUGUGGAUUUUGUGGUUCUUGAAAUGGAAGAGGAUAUUCACAUACCUAUCAUUUUAGGAAGGCCAUUCUUAGCCACAGCAAGGGCUAUAAUUGAUGUGAAGAAAGGUCGAUUGGCAUUAAAAGUUGAAGAAGAGGAGGUGGAAUUUAAUUUGAAUCAAGCUUUGAAGAAAUAUCAUGAAGCUGACCCUUGUUUAAGGGUGGAUGUUAUUGAUAAGAUUGUGAGAGAAUAA